GUUUGUAUGCAUAAAAUGUACACGAUAGGUUACGCUGAAAUUAAGCUGAGCAAAAAAAUGAUCUCAACAAAGCAACAACCACUAUCACCUGCCAAGGCUGUGAAUAUGGAGGUUGGAUCAGUUCAAAAUGUUGUCAGAAAGCUUCAGUUUACUGAAGAAGCCAGCAUGACUGGGGGACUGAAAGAGAAAUUGCCAGCGGCUUAUUCUGUCCCUAAAAAUAAGGAGAACCUCCUCCCAAACUCUCCUGCCAAGUCGAAGCCUCAGCUCAUGUUUCAUGAUGAUGCUCAGUUGAGCAAUGAUAAGGAAAAAACAGACAAAGUGAAGCUGACAGCAGAAGAAGAGUUGCAGUUGCGCAAAUUGCAAGAAGAGGAACUGGAGAGGCAGAGAAAGCACGAAGAGAAACUUAGAAAAGCCAAGGAAAAACAGGAGAAAGAAGAAACUGAUCUUAGGCUGAAAAGACUGGCCAAGUUGCUCAAAGAGAGCGAGUUCUUUUCUAGCAGCAUUGCAAAAAAGAUCGAAGAGCAACAGAAACCAAUCCCAAAAAGACAAGGAAGGAAGAGCAAGACAGAGCAAUUGCUGAAGGAUAAGGCCUUACUUGAUGCCAGAGAUGCUGGUGGAGAAGCUUCCCCUGAGGAGAAAGAAGGAAAAGACAAGUCAGAAUCUAUUGGUACCAAGCUAACUUCGAUGGGCAUUGAGGUCUCCAUAAAGCAGCCAUAUUUGCUGGAAGGUGGUUGUAUGAGAGAUUACCAGAUCAAGGGAUUCGAGUGGAUGAAGGUUCUGGCUGAUAAUGGAGUGGGUGGAAUUUUGGCUGAUGAAAUGGGUCUGGGCAAAACUAUUCAAACCAUUGCCCUAAUUUGCUCCAUGAUUGAGAAAAAGGCCAAAGGACCGUUCCUUGUUAUUGCUCCGCUUUCAACUCUGGCCAACUGGAUCAGCGAGUUCAGCAAUUUUGCUCCAAGAGUGCCAGUGGUGAUGUUCCAUGGCAAUCUCAAAGAGAGAACCGACAUGGUUAAAGAGCUUACCAAAAUCCACACUGUCAAGUGUGACAGUUUUGUGACCAAAACUCUGCCAGUGGUUGUUACUUCAUAUGAAAUUGCUUGGAUGGACAAAUCUUUACAGAAAAUCAAGAACUGGGACAUAGUGGUUUUAGACGAAGGGCAUAGAAUCAAAAAUAUGGAGUGCAGAACUGGCAGAGAAGUAAGGAACAUUAGAAGCAAAUGCCGUUUGCUGCUUACUGGCACACCUCUGCAAAACAACUUGAAGGAGCUCUGGAGCCUGUUAAACUAUCUUGUUCCUGAUGUAUUUGCUGACCUCUCUGCAUUUGAGGAUUGGUUCAAAGUGAGAGACUUGUGUGAGGAGUAUGGUGACAAAACCGAGGCCAACAAUAGAAUUGUUGAAAUGGAAAAGAACAAUCAAGUCAUUGCCAAACUCCACAAAAUCCUGAAGCCUUUCAUGCUUCGUAGAACAAAAGCUGAUGUGGAGCUGGGACUGCCACCAAAGAGAGAGAUCUUGGUUUUCACCCCUAUGACUGCCAUGCAGAAAGAACUCUACGAGCUCAUUCUACACAAGAAAAUUCAUGCUCACCUGCUCGAGGAAAAGAGAAACAAAGUAACAAUUGACUUGAAUGACGACCUUCCUAUUGCCUGUAGACUCCGAGACAGACAGCUGACGAAGGGCUAUAAUUUUGACAAAAUGUCCUUUGAAGAAUUUGAAGUUAUGUAUAAUGCCAACUUAAAAAGCCAUGAAGUGGAAUCAAAAUCAACUAUGUCUUCCUUCAUGGUGAACUGUAUCAAGUUAGGCAAAAUUACAAGCAUUAACCCUAGUGCUGCCAAAGUUGAUUUGAGGAAAGUUGUCAACCACCCUUACCUCAUUCAAAUGCCACUCAUUCCUGGUACGAAGGAGCCACUGAUUGACGAAGACUUGAUUCAAAGUGCCGGCAAAAUGCUAGUUCUCGAUGCAAUGCUGGCCAAAUUGAAGGAAAGGGGUCACAAGGUCUUGAUCUUCUCCCAGUGGACCUCUGUCCUAGACUGCAUUGAAGAUUUUAUGUUGAUGAAGCAUCACACUUACUGUCGUCUGGAUGGAACAACUGCUGUUUCUGAUCGUGUGGAAAGAAUUGCUAAAUUCAACACUGACCCCAGCAUUUUUGCCUUUCUCCUCACCACAAGGGCUGGAGGACUCGGCAUCAAUCUCACUUCUGCAGACACUGUCAUCAUUUAUGAUAGCGAUUGGAACCCUCAAUGCGACAUUCAAGCCCAAGAUCGCUGCCAUCGCAUUGGGCAGACCAAACCAGUUGUGGUGUACAGAUUGACUGCUGAUGGCACUAUUGAUCGGCGUAUGCUUGAGCGAGCCACUGGAAAACGUCGUCUGGAGAAAAUCAUCAUGCAGAAGGGCCAAUUCACAGGAAAAGGGAAGAGUUUUGAUCUGAAAGGCGAGUUUUCUCCAGAGGAGUUGCUCAAACUACUUAACUCACAAGAUUUCAGCAGCAAAGUUCAGUCAAAUGGAUAUGUGUUUACGGAUGAGGAGUUGGAUAAGCUGCUUGACAGGAGUGAUAUGAUGGGCCAGAGCAUGCCUGUGUCUCCUGUCAAGAAAAAAUCAAAGAUGUUUUCCCCUGAUGCUGAGAAAAAGGAAAUUUUCAAAAUGGUCGAGUAAUUUUUACUCCUCUGCUGAGUAACCCUUUACAUGGUGUCCACUGUCCCUAUUCUUUUUCAAUUCACACAAAAUUUUCUGUGCUUUUGGUAAAAAUUUUAUUUAAAAAAAAUAAGAAUGUAAUAAAAGGAUUUCUGUACUGGAAGUUGUAAAGGGUAUGAAAUAAGAAUUACUCACUAUUUCUGUUCUAAAUAAAAAGCUUCAAGUAAUUGUUGUGCUGCCUCUCUAUUGAUGAUGAAUGCAUUUCAAACUUAAUUAAUAUGAUCAUCAUAAAAUAAAAUGAUAAGCAUA